CUGUGCAAGACAUUGGGCAUAUAGGACUGACGACAAAUUUUGAGAGACUUUGUGAUCUCGUGGGAAAUGCAGACAAGUGAUGAUCACUAAACAAAAAUUCGACCAGAGAAAAUGCUGAAAUAGAAGUUACAGAUGCAUGGGAUUUGCUGAAUGAAAUAUAAGCAGUUAAUUUUUGUAACGUGGGCGAAAGCCAAAAUUGCCAAGUUACAUGUGUAAAUCACUGCGUUAUUGCUUUAGUCAUUGCCUCUAUUUAGCAAUGACAAGACUGGAAGAAGUAAACAGAGAAGUGAACAUGCAUUCUUCAGUGCGUUAUCUUGGCUAUUUAGCCAGAAUCAAUUUACUGGUUGCUAUAUGUUUAGGUCUUUAUGUAAGAUGGGAAAAAACAGCAAAUAACUUACUUUUGGUAAUUUUUAUUCUUGGUCUUUUUGUUCUUGGAAUUGCCAGCAUCCUCUAUUAUUAUUUUUCAAUGGAAGUAGCAAGUUUAAGUCUCUCCAAUCUUUGGUUUGGAUUCUUGCUUGGCCUCCUAUGCUUUCUUGAUAAUUCAUUCUUUAAAAAUGAUGUGAAAGAAGAAUCAACCAAAUAUUUGCUUCUAACUUCUAUAAUAUUAAGGAUAUUAUGUGCUUUGGUGGAGAGAAUUUCUGGUUAUGUCCACCAUCGGCCCACUUUACUAACCACAGUUGAAUUUCUGGAACUUGUUGGAUUUGCCAUUGCCAGCACAAUUAUGUUGGUGGAAAAAUCUCUCAGUGUCAUUUUACUGGUUGUAGCUUUGGCCAUGCUGAUUAUUGACCUAAGAAUGAAGUCUUUUCUAGCUAUUUUAAACUUAGUUAUUUUUGUAGUCUUAUUAUUUUUCUCCUCAUUGGAUACUCCCCAAAAUCCAGUUGCUUUUGCAUGUUUUUUUAUUUGCCUGAUAACUGAUCCUUUCCUUGACAUUUAUUUUAGUGGACUUUCAGUGACUGAGAGGUGGAAACCCUUUUUGUACCGUGGAAGAAUUUGCAGAAGACUUUCAGUUGUUUUCACUGGAAUGAUUGAACUUACAUUUUUUAUUCUUUCAGCAUUUAAACUUAGAGACACUCAUCUCUGGUAUUUUGUAAUACCAGGUUUUUCCAUUUUUGGAAUUUUCUGGUUGUUUUGUCAUAUUAUAUUUCUUUUAACUCUUUGGGGAUUUCAUACCAAAUUAAAUGACUGCCAUAAAGUAUAUUUUACCCACAGAGUAGAUAACAACAGCCUUGAUAGAAUCAUGGCAUCCAAAGGGAUGCGCCAUUUUUGCUUAAUUUCAGAGCAGUUAGUUUUUUUUAGUCUUCUUGCAACAGCUGUUUUGGGAGCAGUUUCCUGGCAGCCAACAAAUGGAAUCUUCUUGAGCAUGUUUCUAAUUGUUUUGCCAUUGGAAUCCAUGGCUCAUGGGCUCUUCCAUGAAUUGGGUAAUUGUUUAGGAGGAACAUCUGUUGGAUAUGCUAUUGUGAUUCCUACCAACUUCUGCAGUCCUGAUGGCCAGCCAGCACUUCUUCCACCAGAACAUGUGCAGGAGUUAAAUUUGCGGUCCACUGGCAUGCUCAAUGCUAUCCAAAGAUUUUUUGCACAUCAUAUGAUUGAGACCUAUGGGUGUGACUAUUCCACAAGUGGACUGUCUUUUGAUACUCUACAUUCCAAACUGAAAGCUUUUCUUGAACUUCGGACUGUGGAUGGACCUAGACACGAUACAUAUGUUUUGUAUUACAGUGGGCACACCCAUGGUACAGGAGAGUGGGCUCUUGCAGGUGGAGACAUACUACGCCUGGACACACUUUUAGAAUGGUGGAGAGAAAAGAAUGGUUCCUUCUGUUCUCGACUUAUUAUUAUAUUAGACAGUGAGAAUUCAACCCCUUGGGUGAAAGAAGUAAGAAAAAUAAGUGACCAGUAUAUUGCAGUGCAAGGAGCAGAGUUGAUGAAGACAAUAGAUAUUGAAGAAGCCGACCCACCACAGCUGGGUGACUUUACAAAAGACUGGGUAGAAUAUAACUGCAACUCCAAUAAUAGCAUCUGCUGGACUGAAAAGGGACGCAAAGUGAAAGCAGUAUAUGGUGUGUCGAAGCAGUGGAGCGACUACACUCUGCAUUUGCCAACGGGAAGUGACGUGGCCAAGCACUGGAUGUUGCACUUUCCUCGUAUUACAUAUCCACUAGUACAUUUGGCAAAUUGGUUGUGUGGUCUGAACCUUUUAUGGAUCUGCCAAAGUUGUUUUAGGUGCUUGAAAAGAUUAAAAAUGAGUUGGUUUCUUCCUACUGUGCUGGACACAGGACAGGGCUUUAAACUUGUCAAAUCUUAGUUUGAAAACCAAAGGAGAAUAUUAUUAUAAGAGUUCAUACUACAAGUUAUCACUAGUUUGCCAGUUUUUGUACAUUAUAUUCUUAUUUGUGAAAAAUAUCCUGUUACUUCUGUAGCUGCUCUCACUUUGUCUUUUUUUCAAGUAAUUAUGGUAUGUAAGUAGUUGGGAAUAAACAUUCUUUUAUACUAAAAGUAUGUAGAGAUUCAGAAAAUUCUGACUGUAAAUGCAUGAGAUGUAAAAAUAACAGUGCACUUUGAGAUGUUUGCAUUAGAAAGAAAACACUUGUCUAUGCUCUGCAGUGAAGAAUUAAUGAAGAAUUAAUUACUCAUGCCUUAUUUUCUAGGCAUAGACCAGGAUGUUUACUAUUAUAAGGAAACAGAGUUUGCAUACAAAAGAUUUUUUUUGUGAACAGUAGGUUUGUGUCCAAGACCAUUUGAAAAAUUACAAACUCUUUCUUAGGAAAGAAAAAAGAAGUCUACCUGAAAUGCAUGCAAAAUUUGCUUUUGGCCAUUACAUUCAGAUGCCUUGGUUGUGAUCUAGCACAAAUUACUGUUUAGAU